AAAGCGGUCCGCGCACGCGCAGGAGGAAAAGAUGCAGCCUGUGUUCAGACAACAGCCGCGGCUCUGAGGAGGAGACACAGCCGGCGUGGACCCGAGUGGACGCGGCGGCACCGACACCAGGACCUCACCGGGGACCGGAGCGACCAGAGUCCGGGCUGCAGCUCCCUCCGGGCCGGACCGAACCUCCUCCUUCUUCCCCAGCGCUCCGACCGAGCGGUUCCCCCCGGGAGUGAAGAGGAGGGAGGAUGAAGAAAAGCAACCAAAGCAGACGGGGCUUCCAGGACUCCGGUCCGCUCGCCGUCCAGCAGCCGGAGAAGGCGGGUUGGAUCAGGAAGUUCUGCGGUCGAGGGAUUUUCAGGGAGCUGUGGCGGAGCCGGUACCUGGUGCUGAAAGGAGACCACCUCUACAUCUCAGACAAGGAGGUUAAAGACGAGCGUAAAGCCCAGGAAGUGUUUGACCUGGCUGAUUACGAGCGUUCAGAGGAGCUGAGGAAGGCGAAGAGUCGAAGCAAGAAGAACCACAGUCGCUUCACGUUGCUGCGCUGCAAGCAGCGAGGAAACACAGUUCCUAACCUGGUGUUUCUGGCUGUGAGUCCGGAGGAGAAGGAGUCCUGGAUCAACACGCUGAACGUGGCUGUAAUCAAGGCUAAGAACAGAGUUCUCGAUGAGGUGACCAUUGAGGAGGACAGUGCUCUGGAUCAUCUGACCAGAGAUCGGGCGAAGAUCCCUCACAGCCGCCGGCUGCCGACCAGAGGACACCUCAUGGCCGUGGCCUCCACCUCCUCCCACGGCAUGCUGACCCUUGACCUGGUUGCCGAGGAGGACGGUUUCUGCCUCGAAUAUGACGACGACGAAUCCUGGGAGGACAGCUUCCGGGUUGACCUGCAGAAAGAUGACUCUGGAGGCGGGGUCGGGGGUCGUCAGCGGGCGGGAACCGACGUCUCGAAGCUGCGGGUGACGACUAAAGAGCCCAAAGUGAAGACAGGGAGCCUACCGAGAGGCAGCGAGCGCUCCUGGGGCAAACAGCCUCACCUGGACGCCUCGAAAGUCCAAAAGAACCAGCAAGUCCAGGUCCUUCAGGCCCAGUCUCGAACGCCGCAGCCAGGGAAGAGGUUCAGCAUGCAGGGGCGGAGUCGCUGCGCCUCCAUGGAUGAAGUCCUGUCCUCCAGACCAGCAAUGAUUCGGUCAGAGUUUCGUUCGGCUCUUCGUCGCUGUCCGACCGAAGAGGAGGCGGGCAGCGGCUCUUCCGCCCAGCCUGUCGGCCAGCUGCAGAGCCUCAUCGCCCAGAGGAUGCAGAGAGCCCAGGAGCUGCUGGAGGAAAUGAGGCUGCAGGAGCUGCAGAAGGCCAAAGCGGAGAGAGAACGAGGCGGCAGCUCAACGUACCUGAAGGGGAUCAACUCCCCUCGGCUUCACCACCUCAAGGGCUCAGACUCUCCACACUCCAGUAGAUCGUCGGGGUCUCCGAGGAGCAGGAGCAGCGACUCGCCUCGCCUCCGGGGCAAAGACUCGCCUCGCCUCAGAGGAAGAGAGUCUCCUCGAUCCAAAGCCAAGAAGAACCGCUCCAAAGCUGCCGACUCGCCUCGCUCCAGAGGGUCUCACUCUCCUGCAGCUAAAGUUGCCGAAUCCCCUCGCCUGAAGGAGCCGAGUGGCUCUCCUCGAUCAAAGAGCUCCGACGCUCCAAAACUGAAGGGGUCAUUGGGUUCCAGCUCCAACAGAAAGGAUCAUUCUCCUCCACAGAAGACUCCCGAGACACCGCCAUGUUUGAAUAGAUCCAACUCCUGUCAGGCGGAGGGAUCCGGUUCGUUGCAAGGCAGCGAAACUGACUCCCCUCAUCUGGGCAUCAUUAAGGAGAACCAGCAGAACCAAAACUCCCCAGGUCUGCACAGAUCCUUCGACUCCACCCUGCCCAAAACCCCCGACAAACUCCACCUUUCCCCUCCGGCUUCGGAUCAGCCCGGAGAGGAUCAGGAGGUGGAGAGGCGGCGCGCCGAGGCCGAGCGGCUGCUGGAGGAGGCAGUGUCGUCCUGGAAAGAGGCGCAGGAGGUCCUGCAGGAGGUGAAGGAGCUGCAAAGCCAGACGCUGAGGCGGCAGCGCAGGAGGACCUACGAGAAGAUGACGAUGGCGGCGGCGGCGGCUUUACAGCCCGCGGCGACCGCAGCAACCGCAGCCGGAGAGGAGGAUGACACUCCGACCUCCCCGACGUCACCGGAGGACGAGGAGGAGUCCGAGACGCCAUGACGAGCACAAACAUCCAGCAGCGCUGCUCUGCAUGCUUACACUGCAAAAAAACUAAAUCUCACCAAAUUGUUUGGUCUAUUUUUUGCAAAAACCUUAGUGCUCUUGAAAUAAGACAAAACUAACUUAAAUGUAACAAUUCUGCUAGAAAUAGAGGCUUGUUUUAAGUAAAUAAUUCCUUAUAGUUGACCUACUAUGCUUCUUUGAACAGAAUAGGAUAGAUCUAUGGGUUAUACAAAAAGUUCAUUACAUGUUUUGCAUAACAUAAUUAUCAGAUAAUUAGAUUUCAGACUGGUAAGUUUAGCCUAUUUAGAGUUCCUUUCAGUUGUUUCAGGGAAUUUUGUCACUUUAAAUCCCAAUAAGCUGCUGCUGGCCACGCCCCCAAAUCAGUGUUUACAUUCUCACUUUAAAAUGGCUGCAAACAGAUACGCAACCAUACAACUUUGAAAAGCAGAAGUAGAGCCUCCUGCACAACCAACAAGA